AUGACCAGGGUCCCUUUUGGAACCACGUCGAGCCCCUUUCUACUGGCAGCUACAUUACAACACCACCUGCGGAGCCUGAAAGACGAAUACCCCGUCACGUGUACGUUGCUCAGCGAGUCACUGUACGUUGACGACCUUCUGGUUGGAGCAGCAGAUGAAGGAAGUGCCGAGAAACUUUACCGUGAGGCGAAGAGCAUAUUCCAAACUGCUUCUAUGAAGUUGCACAAAUGGGCGUCCAAUAGUCCGACCAUGAGGAACUUGUUUGAUGAGGAAGCAACAGCAGCAAUGCCACAGGGUCAAGUGGCGGGUGUACUGAAAGUUCUUGGAUUAUCUUGGAAUCCCGCGACGGACAACCUGACAUUCGCAGUGGACAGUGUCAGGCAGAUCUCCGAGCAACGUAAAGAUACGAAACGUUUCGUACUACAGACAGCAGCAAGGCUGUAUGAUCCAAUGGGAUUGAUUUCGCCAUUUCUCGUAACCGCUAAACUCUGUUUUCAACGCACUUGGCGACUUAAACUUGGAUGGGAUGAAAUUCUACCAGAUGACAUCAGACACCAAUGGGCUGACUGGUGCGACGACCUAAGACAUUUAUCGCGGAUACAAGUACCGCGAUUUUACGAGUAUGGCUCAAGUGACGUCGCCGACAGCAGAGUGCUGCACGUCUUUGCGGAUGCAAGCACCGCAGCCUACGGCGCGGUAGUGUACCUGUGCGUAAGGGACUUAACAGGAAGGACGACGACGACACUGCUUCUGGCGAAGUCAAGAAUCGCUCCACUAAAACAACUGACGCUGCCCCGUCUAGAGUUGAUGGCGAGCCUCGUGGCAUCACGCCUAUUUCAGUACAUCGGCGGAAACCUCAAGCUUGACGUUAGCGGCGUGCAUUUCUGGACCGACAGUAUGAUCACACUCCAUUGGAUCCAGGGCGAUGCAGCAAGAUGGAAACCAUUCGUAAGGAACCGAGUGACCGAAAUUCAAAAGAACAGCGAUUCGCAUCCUUGGCACUACUGUCCGAGAAAAGAGAAUCCCGCUGACUUAAUGACCAGAGGAAUAUCAGCUCAACGACUGAUCGGGAGUCAGUUACCAGGGACAGGGUCAGUCAGGGACCACCGUGGAUCGUCAGCGACGAGAGCUCGUGGCCAGGAAGGCCCCCAACGACACGGUUUGCGUCCGAAGAACUUGAAGAAAUGA